AUGGAAGUGGUGGUGAUGAAGGGUCCUUAUACAAUAAGAAGCAUGCCGGUGGUACUUAAAGAGUGGAGACCUGAUUUUAGUCUGAAGCAGGACAUGCUACGAACCAUACCGAUAUGCAUAAAACUUCCCAAGCUCCCGUUGUAUCUUUGGGGCGAACGAAGCCUUAACAAAAUUGGCAGUGCCAUUGGUACACCCAUGGUUACUGAUGAAUGCACUACCCACAAACUCAAAGUUUCCUAUGCCAGGAUGUUAGUGGAGGUCGACAUUACUAGAAAAUUGGUGGAAGAAAUUGCUAUCAAGGAUAAAGAUGGUCGGAAAAUAAUGCAACCCAUUGAGUAUGAAUGGAGGCCCAAGUUUUGUGAUAAAUGUCAGAAGAUAGGGCAUCAAUGUGGAAAUGGGGUCAAGAAGAAAAAAUGGCAGCCUAAGCCUCAACAGGAGAGAAAACAUGAAAUCCCUGUUGAGGUCUCUACACCAAGGAAAGAAACAACAACGAGUAAAGCUAAUGGAGAUGAAGGAAAGACAUGGAUUAGAACUACUAAAGAUGAUGAAGAGAUGUGGACUAAAGUGAGCAAAGCUUCAAAGGAUAGAGGUAAAUCUAUUACAUAUACUGAGUCCUCAAAUACAGUGCAUUGUACCAAUGGAUUUAGGGUGUUGGAGGUUUUGAAUGGCCCCCAAGCCUUCGAUCGGGGACCAUGA